AUGUGCCACGACAAUAGAGACUAUCUCUCCGGUCCUAAGUAUGUCGGAAACGUCUCUCUCGACGGAAAAACCGCAAUAAUCACCGGUGCUAACAGCGGUCUUGGAAAGGAGCUGACACGACAAUUGGCCAAACGGGAAAAUAUUCGCGUGGACUUUCUUGUCAACAAUGCCGGGGUUAUGGACUAUCAGCGGAAGGUCUCGGUGGACGGAAUCGAACAGCAUUUGGCUAUAAAUUAUCUUGGGCACUUUUUAUUGACGAAUCUCCUGAUAUCUAGACCAGGGACUGAACCAAUCGGGAAAAUAGUUAAUGUACUUUGCCGUCAAAAAAUCAAAAAAAUUGAUUUUGAAGAUCUAAAUUGUGACAAGUCUCCUUAUGAUGGAAGGGUUGCUUACUCUCAGAGCAAAUACGCUCUUUUUUUAUUCACCAAAGAGUUAGCAAAGAAGGUUCAGGCAAUGGAACUUCCCACUGUUGUUUGCGGAGUUUUUCCGGGAAUAGUCAACACCAGUUUGCCCAGAAAUCUCGUGGCGUCGAACAAUUUUGUGUUUAGAAUAAUGUACAAGCCAUUUUUGUGGUUAUUUAUGAAGUCCCCAUAUCAGGGUGUAAUGCCUAUUCUGCGGGUUCUCUUAGAAGAGACUCCUUCGGGGACUAUUUACUAG